GAUGCCAGUGAGUGCAAAUAACUCUCCACCACCAUUUCCGUCAUCUGUGACCACACCACCAGCUCCGCCAUCUCCGCCACAUGUGACCACACCACCAGCUCCGCCAUCUCCGCCACCUGUGACCACACCACCAGCUCCGCCAUCUCCGAUCCCACCACCAGCUCCGCCAUCUCCGAUCCCACCACCAGUUCCGCAAUCUCCGCCACCUGUGACCACACCACCAGCUCCGCCAUCUCCGAUCCCACCACCAGCUCCGCCAUCUCCGCCACCUGUGACCACACCAUCAGCUCCGCCAUCUCCGAUCACACCACCAGCUCCGCCAUCUCCGCCACCUGUUACUACACAACCAGCCCCGCCACGUCCACCGCAUGUGACCCCACUACCCGCUCCGUUUGAAAAUGACAUUGGUUUGUUCAUCAGCAAAAGAAGGGUAAGUUCAUCGAAAAUACUGCUUAAUUUAUUUGAAGGAUAAAGAGACUUAUGCUCAAGGAUUGCAGGAUACCUGCACCUUGCGCAAAUAGCUAUUGAAAUGUCCGAAAAUAUGCGCGGUGGAAAGGGAGCAUUUGUUGU